AUGUACCCAAAGAAAAGAGGCAACAGGCCGACAAAUCUCGAGGACUUCAGGGAUGAGAUCGAGGAGAGGACAAGAAAUGGCCAGGGAAGCAAGGCCAUCGCUGACGCCCUCAUCGAGAAGGGCGUCGACACAAAUGGCAAGGCUGUCUCGGCGCAGAGAUUAAGAUGGGGAAUCAGGACCAAGGCACGUCGGAGGACGACAGAACGCGGCAUCGCCAACAUCAAGAAGGCCCACGCCGAGCGAAAAGCGCGCGAGGCAAACACCGUCCGAGUCCGGAACCUCAAUCAGAUAGACCGGGUCCGCAAGAUGCGCCACGCAGAGGUCCUCCCCAUGAGCCGGGAAGGCAUGUCGGUGGCAGAGAUCGAGAAGAACCUGAAGGACCGCGGCGUCGUCUACAAGAGGGGCGGGUUCAAGAGACUCUGUACGAAACUGGGCCUGGACCCGAACCCACUGAACAGCGUGAAAUCUACUCGGCAUCACUACUACAACUAG